AUGUACAUCCAGCAUCAUGUGGUCUACUUCUACCAAAUCCUAUUGGCGAACCAAAACAACACAGGUGUUGCUUACAGUGUGGAGGGCGACCCUCAGUGUCCGGAGGCGCUCACUUUUUCUGACUCGUCCUUCGGCCAUCCGCCUCCCUUCCAUCGCUAUAGCAACAGCCCCCUCUCCAGCCCCUGUGAUCCCUACAGCUCCGCCUCCACCAGUGGCCCCCUUGGAGCCUCCCACACACACACACAGGGUAGCUCUCCCAUCUCUCCACCCAGCCCGGCGAGCCUCGCCUGGGCUCAGCGCAGCCGCCACCAGCCGGCCAGCCUGGCGCUCCGCAAGCAAGAGGAGGAGGAGAGCAAACGCUGCAAGGCUCUAUCUGACAGCUAUGAGCUCUCUACAGACCUCCAGGACAAGAAGGUGGAGAUGCUGGAGAGGAAGUACGGGGGCCAGUUUGUGUCCCGAAGGGCAGCGAGAACCAUCCAGACGGCGUUCAGGCAGUAUCGCAUGAACAAGAACUUCGAGAGGCUUCGCAGCUCCGCCUCCGAGAGCAGGAUGACCCGUCGCAUCAUCCUGUCCAACAUGAGGCUGCAGGUACACACACACCCACACACACACACACAUAUACACUCCUACUCGUUCGAUGAGCGCCAGCCGCAGGGUCAGGGGUCAGCAGGUCAGCAGGGCUCAGACGACACAGGAGACGACUCCUUCUCGAAGCAGGUUAAAUCUUUGGCCGACUCCAUGGACGACUCCCUCACCUGCCAGUCUGGUCGCCGCGUGGGAGUUGGGGGGAGAGAAGGCGUGGGAGGAGGUGCCGCCAUGCACGAGGACAGCACCGCCACCUCCUUCAGCGAUGUCACCCUCUACAUGGACGAAGGCUGCCUCCCCUCCUCGCCACUCUCCCGCCCGCCGUCCUCUCCGCUCUCCCGCCCCGCCUCCAGCUCUGACACAGAAUCAGAGCGAGGCUCCAUCGGACGGCUGGUGUAUGAACAGGAGCCGUCAGGAGGAACCAUCAAACACAAACCAAACGGCCGCUCGGUCGCCACGGCGCAGGGACAGACUCGCAGUCCCGCCAACGUCCCCUUACCGAUGCCCUCGGCCCGGACCCUGCCCUCACACCCGCUCCCUCACCCGCUCCAACACCCCCACUCACACCCCCACCCUCACCCAUCAGCCAUCCCCCACCUGCCCACCAUCCUCCACCACCACCCGCAGUACAGCCAGCCGCACGUCAUGCACAUGCACCACGUGCACGGCGGCAGCCCCUACAUCCAGCACUUCGCCCAACAUCACUACCACCACCUGCACCACCAACACCACCUCCCCCACGCUUACCCAGAACCCCCCUCUUCCCCGCUGCCCUCGCCCGUCCCGCCACUCACACCUCUCUCACCCUUGCCGCCACCGCUCACGCCCUCACCGCUGUCCUCCUCCUCCUCCUCUGCGCUCCAAAACAUGGAAGCCCAGCAGCAGCACCACGCCCACCACCCCCAUCUCCACCACCACCAUCUGCUCUGUUCAGACGGAGACAACGAGAGCGUCAACUCCACCACCACCAACUCCAACGAUGACACAACAGUGAACAACUGCAGCUCCGGCUCCUCGUCGCGAGACAGCCUGCGGGAGCCAAUCGGAGGAGCCACGCUGGGGAAACAGACCUAUCAGAGAGAGAGCCGCCACAGCUGGGACUCACCCGCCUUUAACAAUGAUGUGGUGCAGCGGCGGCAGUACCGCAUCGGACUCAACCUGUUCAACAAGAAGCCGGAGAAGGGGAUCCAGUACCUGAUCGAGAGAGGCUUUGUCUCGGACACGCCGGUGGGCAUCGCCAGGUUCAUCCUGGAGAGGAAAGGUCUGAGCAGGCAGAUGAUCGGGGAGUUCCUGGGCAGCCGGCAGCAGUUCAACAAGGACGUCCUCGACUGUGUCCUGGACGAGAUGGAUUUCUCAGGGAUGGACCUAGACGAUGCCCUGAGGAAGUUCCAGGCUCAGAUUAAAGUUCAGGGCGAAGCUCAGCGGGUGGAGCGACUGGUGGAGGCCUUCAGUCAGCGGUACUGUGUUUGUAACCCGGUGCUGAUCCGGCAGUUCCAGAACCCAGACACCAUCUUCAUCCUGGCCUUCGCCAUCAUCCUCCUCAACACAGACAUGUACAGCCCCAACGUCAAGCCGGAGAGGAAGAUGAAGCUGGAGGACUUCAUCAAGAACCUGCGGGGUGUCGAUAACGGUCAGGACAUCCCCCGGGACCUGCUGGUGGCGAUCUAUGGAAGGAUCCAGAAAUGGGAGCUGAGGACCAACGAUGACCACGUGUCUCAGGUCCAGGCAGUGGAGAGGAUGGUGGUCGGCAAGAAGCCUGUGCUGUCCCUGCCUCAUCGCAGGUUGGUGUGCUGCUGUCAGCUGUUUGAGGUUCCAGACCCGAACAGAGCUCAGAGGAGCGGCGUCCACCAGAGAGAAGUCUUCCUGUUCAACGACCUGCUGAUGGUGACAAAGAUCUUCCAGAAGAAGAAGACCUCAGUGACGUACAACUUCAGACAAUCAUUUCCUCUGUUGGACAUGCAGGUCCACACCUUCCAGAACACCUACUACCCUCAUGGUAUCAGACUGACGUCGGCGAAUCCCGGGGGAGAGAGGAAGGUGCUGAUCGUCUUCACGGCUCCGAGCCAGCAGGACCGAGCUCGCUUCACCUCCGACCUCCGAGAGAGCGUUGCAGAGGUCCAGGACAUGGAGAAGUACCGGGUGGAGUCUGAGCUCGAGAAGCAGAAAGGUGUGAUGCGUCCUGGCGUGUUGACGGGGGGCGGACCGGGUGGAGGGGGCACACCGGGGUCCAACACCGGCGGUGGCCCCAUAAAGAGCGAGGUGGUGAACGGCACUCUGGGUAGACCGAGCCUCGAUGACACGUACGCCUCGGUGGAUGGACUCAAACGCACGGCGCUCAGCUCCUCACUGAGAGACCUCUCUGAAACAGGGAAGCGAGGUCGUAGGAACAGUGUGGGGUCAUUGGACAGUACCAUUGAAGGUUCCAUUAUUAGCAGCCCUCGGCCUCAUCAGCAGCGCCCCCUGCCUGCUGGAGGUCUAUCCUACAGCCCCAUGAUGGUCCCUUCGUCUCCAGCAGCCUACCGGCCACACCGCCCUACUCAGAGCCCCGGUACAGGGGUGGGGGGUGGGCCGGGGCUCUGUCACAACCAGGGGGGGCCCACCACCUCCCCACUCGCGAGCGGGGGAGGGGUUGGGGGCGGAGGAGGGAUGGCGGGUGGGGGAGGCCCGACUGGCGGCGGCCUGCUGGGGAAUUUCUUCGGCAGUCGCCGAGGCAAGGUUCCUGGUCCCCUGACGAUGACCUCGCCGACUCCGCAGGGUCCACCGAGUCCCCUGAUGAUAUCAUCACCCCCCCACUACCCCGCCCCCGCGCCUCCCAUCCCCCACCCAUCCUCCCCUUCCCCAUGCCCCUCCCCAUCGCCCAACCUCGGCCAGGCGGACUCGGGAGGGGUUGGAGGGGCAGGAGGUACGGGAGGGGGGCCGUCCAAGCUGCAGGUUUUGCACGCCCAGUACUGCCACGGCAACAGUGGAGGAGGAGGAGUCAGUGUCACUGGGCACCAGCAGCAACAGACGCCACCCCCACCCUACCACCACCACCACCGCUACCACAUGCAGAACGUCCCGCAGCACCACGCCCUCUCGCACAGGUUCUCUGCGCCACGGCGGCAGGGUCCGCCCGGCUGCGCUCCCUCUCAUACCCAGCAGCAUCAGAGGGUGCAGCAGGGCACCACCCAGCACCCGCGCUACAACAUGGGCUUCAUCACGCCCCCGCCGCUGUCCCCUCACUCCCCCGUCACCCCCACUACCCCGCACGGACUCUACCAUUCGCACCCUGCGGUGGCACGGCCAGCCCCUCCCCCUCCGCCUCCCCCUCCACCCACUUCAUCUUCGCCACCCCGCCGCCCCAGACGCCUUCGGCACGCCUCGUCUCCCAGACGCCUCCGCAGCCCUACGGACCCCAGUACCCACCCCUCAGCUCCAUCCCGCCUCCGCCUCCACACUCCCCCUUACCUCCCCCUUCGACCGGCCCGCUCUCCCUCCACCCAGGGGCGGGAGGAGGCCAAGGGGGAGGCCCCAAAUCGAAACCUGUCAGCCGGAUCAGCACGGUCGUGUGAGGAGGCAGAAGCCGAGGACGGUGGUCCGCCACCCCGCAGUGAGCCACCGGGGGGCGGUAGUGAGAGGGAGCAGGAAGGGGAGGAGGAGAGGAGGAGGACAAAUGCAGGUGUAUCGAAACGGUCGCCUCGUGAGGAGGAGAGCACUGAGAGCAGGGAAGAGGAAAUUACUCAGUCUGUGUUACUUUCACAUCCACUUCCCCCGCAAGUAGAGCCGAGAAACCUGCACCUGCACAUGGAGGACAUAAACCACUACUGA